UUACAAAUGACGUGAUUGGCGCCAAUUUCUAAAGGUUAUGUCAGAUUAUAAUGCAGUUCCAUACUCAACGUUGUAAUUUAAUCAAAAGUAGUCAUUAGCGAUGAAUGACAUAAGCAUAGAAGAAAGUGAGAUCGAUAACAUAUUGAUAUGAUCGACAUCACUGACUAAAAAUAUUCCGGAAAUACGAGGCAGAAUGGAAUCCAACGAGACAUAUCAAGACAAGAAUGAUAAUAAGGCAAAAGAUAACUAUACAAAUUUCACGACAUCAAUCCCGCUACUGAAUGAAUUGUUUCAUGUACAUUAUAAGGUUGGGGAAGGAGCAUUCAGUUCUGUCUAUCUAGCUACUCUAAAAUCUUCCAAUACACAUAAGAAAUUUGCAUUGAAGAAAUUGAUUCCUACUUGCCAUCCCGAGAGAAUCGAACGGGAAUUGCAUUGCUUGCAGCAGAUAGGGGGAAAAGAUUACAUUGUUGGAUUAGAACUUUGUUUAAGACACUGUGGCUCAGUAGUAUUUGUAAUGCCAUAUAUGAGACAUGACAAAUUCUCAGAGUAUAUUCAAGACAUGACUGUUGAAGAAACAAAGGAUUACAUGAGAGCACUACUAACUGCUCUACGAAGAGUUCAUAAUUUUCAUAUAAUUCACAGGGAUGUAAAACCCAGUAACUUUCUUUAUGAUCGUACAAAUAGAAGAUAUUUGUUAGUGGACUUUGGCCUCGCUCAAGAAUGUAGUGUAGAAAAACUAAAAAAUCUGAGGAAGUUAAGCAGAGAAAGCACUGAAGUGAAUACAAAACGAAAGAGAUCUGAUGAAAAUAAUUUAAGCCUUCGACCUGAUUCUAUCGCUAAGAAGAGCAUGGAUAACAAAUGUUAUUGUUUCGGGAAACCUAAAGUUUGUGCGAUAUGUUUAAAACUGCCACAGCAAUCGGCACCUCGUGCAGGCACGCCUGGAUAUCGUGCUCCAGAGGUUUUACUGAAAUAUCCUUUACAAACGUCAGCAAUUGAUAUUUGGGCUUGCGGUGUAAUGAUGCUGUGCAUACUUAGCGGCUCGCAACCAUUUUUCCAUUCGCCCGAUGAUUGCACAGCUUUAGCGGAGAUUACAACAAUAUUUGGUUCUAAUGAAAUACAAAAGUGUGCGCAAAAAUUAGGUAUUUUAGGAAUAUUACAGUCGCAACAAAUCAUUUAUUUACUCUUUUUGUUUCAUUUUUUAUUUUAUUAUGUUUAUUAUAUUUACUUUUCUUUUCAUUUGAUUCAGGAAAAAAAGUUAUCUUUAGUGAAAAUUUACCAGGAAUUAAUAUUAUGUCUUUAUGUUUAAAGUUAAAAGAAAGAAACAAAACCAUGUUUAGUAGAGAGAAUAGUUCAUUUGCCAGAUAUCAAAUAUCCUGAGGAAGCGUACAAUUUUUUAAUGAGACUUCUAGAUUUGGAUUACAAAACACGUAUUA